CCUUCUUUUGUUGUAUUUUCAGGUGGAUCUGCAUGCAAUUUUAUAGCCAAUGCAUUCCAAUCCAUUACACCUAGUGUGUGUUACAUUUUAGGUGUUUCCGAUAAUGGUGGAUCCACUAGUGAAUUACUUCGAGUUUUAGGUGGACCCAGUAUUGGUGACCUAAGAUCCCGACUCACUCGACUUAUCAGUCUGGAUGGACAUGAUUCUGAAGAAAAGACGGCUAUCAAAGAAUUACUCAGCUACAGACUAACACCUUUUGAUGAUGACAAUGCUAUCCGUGACGAGUGGAGCAUGAUUGUGGAAGGACGCCAUAGAUUAUGGAAAAAAAUCUCUAUAGAGAAAAGGGAGACGAUUCGAGGCUUCUUAGUUUUAUUUAACUUUGAAAUUCUCAAGAGAGCACACAAGCAUUUUAAUUUUCGUAAUGGAUCAAUUGGUAAUUUUUUCUUGACAGGUGCACGUCUCUUUUUUGGAUCUCUGGAAGCUGCCAUUUUCCUUUUUUCUUCUAUUACAGCUAUUCGGGAACCCACUUAUGUAUUACCUGUCAUCAAUACAAAUCAUACAGCUGCUAUUGCUGCUUUAUUAGAAGAUGGACAUACACUGCGUGGACAAUGUGAAAUCAGCCAUCCAGGACAAAGCAAGUCAUGUAAAUCCAUGAAUCCAAUUGAUGCUUUUUCAGUAUUGGCUUUACCUACUUCUCCUUUAUAUUCCAACAUGGAGCAAGUCAAUAACAACUUGAUCUUCAGUAAAGCUACAGAAGAGAAGCUAUCAGCACCUAUUUCUCGAAUUUAUUACAUGAAUGAAUAUGGUCAAGAAAUAUAUCCACUGCCCAAUCCCAAAAUACUCGAUCAUCUGAAAAAGCGUUCGCAUUUAGUGUAUUCUAUUGGCUCACUUUAUACGUCUAUUUUACCUUGUCUCAUCUUGAGAAAAGUGGGUCAUGCUAUUGCUCACUCACAGUCAUUACGCUACAAGAUUUUGAUUUUGAACGGCUCCACAGAUCGUGAAACAGAUGGCUAUACUGCACUUGAUUUCAUAGGCACUAUCACAAAUGCAUUAAACGAAAGCCAGCUGAUUGAUGCUCGUCAUCAAUAUUAUGAUACGCAUUCAAAUGAUGAGAUUUUUAGUAAUCAACAACAGACAAACGGACAAACGGAUGUGUUUGCAAGACCAGUGGAAUAUGGGUUUAGACACUGGCCUCCUCCAGGUGUUGGUAGACUAGACACACGACCUCCAUCAUCAAGUGGUCAGCAAGAAGGAUAUUUUGCUAAUGGAAAUACAGCUAGACAAACAACAGGUGCUACAACACCCUUUCCAACUGAACUAGUCCCUCAUGAGGCGCCUUCUACUUAUAUAACACAUUUGAUAUACCUUUCCAAUUCU